AUGAAUUUCACAAUUUUUACAGACCCCAGUCCACCACAAGCCAGUCAUAAAGUGGCCGAACAUCACGAGGUAUUCUCAAACACUAAAAAUUCUUAAGUGUUGAGCUACAGUCAAGUAUAAAGGCACUAAACCUUUCAGUAUUUUUUGUUAAUGUCGACAGGGCGUUGUGACCUCUUCUUCUUCACCCAUUCAGGCACCGCUUCCUCUGGCAACUUGGUCGAUGACAAAGACACCUUUGAACGAAGGAAGAUUGUAUAAAACGGACGGGAAACGAAGAGCUCGAAACGUGGAGAGCAGUCGAAAAUAUCGCAAAAGAAGGUAAGUCUUACUUGGUCAUUGAUGUGAUGGAAAUGAACAAGGCUGAUUUCGCGAGUAGAUAGCAGGUGUGGUCCACUACUGAAAAAAAAAUUUAACAGAGAAAAAUGCACUAAAAAUCUGAAAAUUAUCUCGUUGCUUUCUGCGAAAACCUAAAAAGCCGCCAAGUGUUUUUUUGAGCUUCAAGUUUUGCGAUCGAUUUCGUAAGAGGGGCACACGUCAUUUUCCAUGUUUUCAGGGGUCACCUUUGAACUUUUUAAAAAGUAAUUCACGAAGAAAUAUAUCACAAUGUAUUCCAAACUGUGAACGUCGUUGAUAUAGAAUAAACUAUAGAAUAAAUUUCCCUUGGAAAUUGGCGAAAACUAAUAUUUGCCGCUAAAGUGGAAUGAAAUUGACUUGAGAUUAUUAUAGCUUUAUUUAGCUUAUUUACUACGUGUUAAUCGAUUCUAUAUUUUUUAACAGAAGGGAACGCUUUCAAAGUCUUGAGCACGCCAACAAGCGACUGCAGGAACAAGUCGAUGAUGUGGAGAGACAAUUACAGCAGCUGAACUAUGUGUUUAGUAUGUUUGUACAGCAUGCAGAAUGCUGUGAGCAGUGCUGUAAUAUCAGGAUUGGCGAGUAAACACGGAUCUGUUUCUUUUAUACUAUCGAGUUGAGAAGUUCCAUUGAAAAUAUUUAGCUUCAUUGUUUGUCGAAUGUUGUUCCUUUGGAUAUUAGCUACAGUCUAAGAAAUAGACAUUAUGUAACGACAUCGCGAUUUGAAGGAAAUGAGCCUUCGUUUGGUCCAAAUUUGUAAAGAAACCAUUUCUUAAAUAAAACUUUCGUAUAACGUGC